UGUAGCUCUACAGGUCACACAUUAUUACCACGCUGCAGGGAAGAUGUUUGGCCCCCGGCUGUGUCGGUGGCUUCAGCCUGGAGCUCGGGUUGUUCCCCGGAGGAGCGCCCAUAAACUAGCCUCGCUUCAGAAAGUCAGAGCGCUCCCCACAAACAAAGUCCAAAGCUUGCUGUACCCCUUCAGUGAUCUGGAGGCCUACCUGGACAGGUCCGUGGACAGGACGCAGUUCCAGCUCUUCCAUCCCAGUUUGGAGGACAUGAUUAAAGCAGAAAAGCUCUUCUGUUCUUCUCCGUCUCAUAAGAUUGAUUUCCAAACGUCUGCAGUGAGGACGGACCACAUCACUGCACUCAAACAGCCGGAGGUGUGUUUCAUCGGCAGGAGCAACGUGGGCAAGUCGUCUCUCAUCAAAGCUCUGUUCUCCCUGACGCCUGAGAUAGAAGUCCGAGUCUCCAAAACUCCAGGUCACACAAAGAAGAUGAACUUCUUCAGAGUGGGCACAGCUUUCACCGUCGUUGACAUGCCAGGAUACGGAUACAAAGCACCCAAAGACUUUGUGGAUAUGGUGGAGCCGUACCUUUACUCACGGAAAAAUCUGGUGAGGACGUUCCUGUUGGUCGAUGGCAGUGUUGGUCUUCAGAGCGCUGAUAUGAUCGCCCUGGAGAUGUGCGAGGAGAUGACACGUCCAUAUGUGCUCCCUCCAGUUCGGGGGAAUCUUCCUCCUGAGGUGCUUCAUUGCCCACGUAACAGGGAGCAUCAGGUUAACGGACACUUCCCAAAGCUGACCAGAGGCCAGCUUAGCAUAACUGAGUGGAACUGGGACUUUGCUGAACUCCACAUACAUCCACAUUGCCAGGUCGAGACAGCUGCUUGAGAAACGUUUAUUUUCUAAUAAAAUGUAAAACACGC